GGUUCAUCUCCACACCAGCUGUUUCUCGAGCGACAUCAGAGGAAGUGAUUCAGAUGCGCAGUGAGCUCUUCACCAAAGAGAAAGAGAGGCAGUUGUCUCUUUAUCCGCGAAUUGAGAAAAUCGAAGUAAAAUACACCGGGAAGUCGCACCCUGGCAGUGUGUUUGUAAUGAACAAAGUUUUGUCUACUCCGUACAAUUGUGCCAUGCACUUGAGUGAAUGGCAUUGCCAGAAAUCUGUUCUAGCUCUUGUGGAUGGUGAAGUCUGGGAUAUGUAUAGACCCUUGACCAAAUCCUGUGAAAUUCAGUUCCUUACUUUCAAAGAUGAAGAUCCAGAGGAAGUAAACAAGGCCUAUUGGCGUUCCUGUGCCAUGAUCAUGGCAUGUGUGUUAAAGCGGGCAUUCAAAGAUGAAUACUCAGUGAAUCUGGUUAAAGCUCCAGAAGUGCCAG